AUGUCUGAAGCCCGCAUCGCCGCCGUCAAGAUUGCCACCAACUCUUCCUUUACUCUUGAAGAAUACCGUAGCCGUAAGGUUGCUCUCAUCACUGGUGUCACUGGCCAAGAUGGUUCCUAUCUUACCGAGUUUUUGCUCGAAAAGGGUUAUGAAGUACAUGGUAUCAUUCGUCGAUCAUCCUCUUUCAACACGGGUCGUAUCGAACACAUUUACAAGGAUAGACAUGAUCAAGAUGUCAAGUUCUUUUUGCACUAUGGUGAUUUGACCGACUCUACUUGCCUUGUCCAUAUUAUUGCUCAAAUCCAACCCACUGAGGUGUACAACUUGGCUGCUCAAUCUCACGUCAAGGUCUCCUUUGAUAUGUCUGAAUACACUGGUGAUGUGGAUGCCCUUGGUACUUUGCGUCUUUUGGAUGCUAUUCGUACAUGUGGUUUGCAAGAUCGUGUCCGUUUCUACCAAGCUUCUACUUCCGAGUUGUAUGGUAAGGUGGUUGAAACCCCACAAAAGGAGACCACUCCCUUCUAUCCACGAUCGCCCUAUGGUGUUGCCAAGUUGUAUGGUUACUGGAUCACUGUCAACUACCGUGAGUCCUAUGACAUGUAUGCAUGCAAUGGUAUUCUUUUCAAUCACGAAUCUCCUCGUCGUGGCCGCACCUUUGUGACUCGCAAGAUUACUCGUGCUGUUGCUGAUAUCCAUUUGGGUCGUCAAGAAUGCUUGUACUUGGGUAACAUUGAUGCCAAGCGUGAUUGGGGCCAUGCACGUGAUUAUGUCGAAGGCAUGUGGCUCAUGCUUCAACAAGAUAAGCCUGAUGACUUUGUGUUGGCUACUGGUGAGACACACACUGUUCGCAGCUUUGUUGAAAAGGCGUUUGCUGUCACCGGUCGCAAGAUUGUCUGGGAAGGUGAAGGCGUUAAUGAAAUCGGCAAGGACGCUGAAACCGGCAAGGUCCGCGUUCGUAUUGAUCCAAAGUACUUCCGCCCUGCCGAAGUCGAACUCUUGCUUGGUGAUCCUGCAAAGGCAAAUGAAGCUCUCGGCUGGAAGCGUAAGGUCAGCUUUGACGAACUCGUCACCGAGAUGGUUGUUGCCGAUAUUGAAGGCUCGUUGAAGAACGAUACCUACAACUAA